AUGCGCUUUUCGUUUCGUCCGGUUUCGCAUAAUAGUGGCGUAAUGCUCGAUUUCAGCUUUACGCUGUUUGUGUCCGUACUGCUCGGGCUCGGUUUGAUGUGGCUCGCUGGGCGGUACUUCCUGAAGGAGGAUGUCGUUUACAUACCGGACAACUGUCGACGGCAUGCGUGGAAAUCGGUAAAGCUGUUAGCGCGAAGCUGCGUGUGUUCCGUCUGUGAUACGUCGAUGUCCUCGAAUGGACACUUUUGUGAAAGUUGUGGCGUUUGUUCGGACAAUGGGUGCGUCCGGAAGGCGGAUGAAAAGUUCCCCUGCAAGCAGCUACGCAUACGUACCCGUGCGGACGACGGUUCAACCAGCCGACACCUGUGGGUGCAGGGUAAUUUGCCACUCGGGUCGGAAUGUUGCGUCUGCAAGGAGGAUAUCGACCAGACAAGCGAGCUGGGUCUGUUCGGACAGCGGUGUGCCUGGUGUCAGCGGAUGGCGCACGACAAGUGCUUUAGCGAAGUGUCCUCCACGUUGUGUGAUUUCGGUCCGUUCAAGGAAAUGAUUUUCCCGCCGAAAUGUAUACUCGCUGCGCGCAGUAAAGUCGCCCAGAAGGUACAUCUGACGGGAAUUAUCCCACCCGAAUGGAAGGCUAAUUGGCGACCGCUGAUCGUUGUUGCAAAUUCGAAGUCCGGAAGCAGUGGUGCCGAUCAGGUUGUGGCUCUCAUGCGUGGCAUCCUUCAUCCGCUGCAGGUAUUUGAGCUAGGUCAGCAUGGACCGCACGAGGCACUGCAGUGGGCUAUUCAUGCCGCGCCGACCCGUUGUCGCAUAUUGGUUGCCGGUGGUGACGGCACAGUAGGCUGGGUAUUGAACACCAUUUUGCAGAUGAAGGUAGAGCCACAUCCGGAGGUGGCCAUACUACCACUCGGUACCGGCAACGAUUUGUCCCGUGUGCUUGGCUGGGGUGCUGAAGGGCCGGACGAGUUCGAUCCGAUCGAUUACCUCACCCGCAUUGCUCAAGCCGAAACGGUACAGCUCGAUCGAUGGUUGGCGGAAAUUAACACACACUCUAGCUUGGCAAGGUUUCAUGUGCCCGGGUUUAGCCAGUCGCGGCAUUUCUACAUGUACAACUAUCUUAGCGUCGGGGUGGACGCACUGGUGACGCUGAAUUUCCACAAGGCACGCGAAAGUUCCUUUUACGUUUACAGCAGUCGUUUUGUGAAUAAGCUCCUGUACCUUUGCUUCGGAACGCAGCAAGUCGUGCAGCAGGACUGUGUUGAGCUGGAAAAGCAUCUCGAUUUGUACCUGGACGGUGUGCGCAUUGAUUUGCCUUCACUGCAAUCCGUCGUCGUCCUUAACAUCGAUUCGUGGGGAGCGGGUGUCAAGCUGUGGGAAAUGAGCAAAAAUUCACCAACGCACAGCAUUAUGAAGGAAAUUCAUAGCAUUUCCGAUGGCAUUUUGGAGGUGUUCGGUGUGGUUUCAUCCUUCCACAUUGCCCAGCUGCAGGUGGGCCUCAGCAAACCUGUUCGCCUUGGGCAGGCCAAAAGUGUACGGAUUGUACUUAAACGGACGCUUCCGAUGCAGGCAGAUGGUGAACCGUGGAUGCAAUCGCCCUGUGAUAUUAAUAUUCAACACUACGGCCAAGCAACAAUGCUGAAGGACGUAAAGAAAUGA